GUCUGUAGAUCAAAAAACAGCUCUCUUUUAGUGGCUCUUUCUGUGGGUGCGAAGCGUUUUUCGAAACGAAGCGCAGUACUUUUUUCUUCAUACACGUGGGGCACUUUGGUGUCAGAUUCGCGGUAUUUUCAGGGAGCAAGCUGCUCCUUCGGUCUUCACCAGACAACUUUGGGAGAUCUAGGACCAGGAAUACAAAAUCUGUCGAGUGAUGAAAACCACUCAUCUCUGGCUGCCAUGAUUGACUCUGGCUGCGUGUGAAUAAAACUCAGUGACCGAGCGAGAGUCAAGCAAUGAGCGACCCAGUGGGCAUGAACCAGUUCAGCGGCUUCGAAAAGGGCACCGUCUCUGCCAUGUUCACCCAUGUUCAGACUUGCUGUUUUGAAAAAGCCUACGGCCUUUGCAAUAAUAUCAAAAAGUCCCCACGGACACCUUGUAAGUUUAUAAUUCGACCAUUGACAAAGUGGUGCCAGAUUCACCGCGCAUCGUUUCUUCACCAUUUCCAUACCCGGUCUUUUCAGCAAACGGUCAAUCCUCGGUGCUACGACCCACGUCGCCGGGCGUUAAAGGCGUUAAAGGCGGGGGCGUUGGUCUCGGGUCUUCUGAGAGCCAGACUCGAGACAAUGUGUCAUUGAGACAUCUGGUGAGGUAGGCUCAUCUGAUGUUUCACCCCUGUUUCACCCCCUAUGAACGAUUUUUUCCAAAGGGGGGGGGUGAGUCCGGGGGGUGAGUCCGGGAGGAGUCUACAGAGUGUGUCUGAGAAAGGACGGACUUCCCUUUCACAGUGACCAAGCAGAAUGCCAGAACAACGCGCCUGGCGUCGGAGCUGUCAGCGACAGGGUAUAUUUUCGAUUGGGAAGCACGCCUGGGUGAGGUUUUAGGGUUUUAGGGAGAUUAAACAAAGAACAGCUACGUCGUGAGGUUCUCUCUUUCUGGACUUCAUCUACUUGUCUUCAAUUGAUGUUUCUUAGGGCCAUCUGUAUUGGAAUAAAGAACUGGCGCAGGCACAAGACGCCGCAAGUCAUUUUGGUAUUUUUCUGUGUGGAGCAGUGGAGCCUUGCUGCCCUGUUUUGGCUCCCGAAGACCUCUGUGCCGUGCAACUUAGUACUUAGUCACCUUCUGUCGGCCCCUCAUCCCCUCAUCUCUCGGCGCCGAAUGCCAUGCAAUGCGCCGAACGGCGGUGGAAAAUGGAUGUUCUUCCUGUCGUUUUGCGGAGCAACAGGCUCUUGCACUCUUGGAUCAACAGAUGAAUGUGGUCAUGGCAUUUGCGUGCCGGAGGCUGCUUUCGACGACCCCUUCUUCAACCGAUGUGAAUGUGACUACUGUUGGUCCGAGCUGGAUUGCAGCACAAACACCUGCGUCUUCUGGAUGAUCCCUGCGAUUGUCAUUGCAAGCAUUUGCUGCUGUCUCGCUUCGAUUGUUCUUUGCUGCUGUUGCAUCGGGACCUACCAGCAAAAGAGCACCGCAAAUUCAUUGGAACUUCAAACUGGCAUAGGCCGACCGAGCACAGAGAUGCCUAGCAUUCCAGUAGUGGAAGCAACGGUGGUUGAGGGCAAAGCAAACUACGCCUAAAGGGGAGGUGUUUUUUUCAUGUUGUUGUUAUUUUUUCCCCAGGCUGCUCGAAGAGCUUGCCUGUUGUUCAAACACAGUGUAUCAUUUGCUUUGCAUUUUCUGUGCUCAUCUGAAGCCACGGCUUGAGCUGCUUGAGCUUGGGUGUACAGUAGGUUGCGGUUCUUGUAGUUCACAGUGGGUAGCUUGUGAAACAACCAAGGCUGAGAUCACGUGAAGGCAAUUCAGACGGAUAGGGUGGAGAAA